UUUGACUUUGACUACCUCAACAGAAAGGGGGAAGAGGAAGAAAAGUCACACUUUCCUCCCUUCUUCCUUGUAAACCAGCAAUAUACUCCAUAUUUAAAAAGCCCUCAACUUGGUUCUUUUUUCCUCUCAGAACAGCUUGUUCAUAUCCCCAUUCUCUUCUCUUAAUCCUUUCCUUCAUUUUUUUCAACUGAAAAAAAAGGUCUUUCUUUGUUUUCUUCUACAGAGAUUGCUUGUUAGGGCUUCUUGCUGAUGUGCAGUGGUUCAAAGAGCGAACUUGUUCCUUCAAAUUUCACCAUGGAAGGUGAAUUACAAGGAUGUAAACCCGAUGCUCUAUCUAAAUGCUCGGUUUUGCUUGAAUUAGCCGCCACUGAUGAUUUGGUAGCCUUCAAAACUGAAGUAGAAGAAAAGGGUUUGGAUCUUGGUGAGGCAAGCUACUGGUAUGGUAGAAGAAUAGGGUCGAAAAAGAUGGGGUUCGAAGAGAGGACCCCUUUGAUGAUCGCUGCCAUGUUCGGUAGUAUCGAUGUUUUGAACUACAUCGUUGGUACCGGAAAAAUUGAUGUGAAUAGAGCUUGUGGUGCUGAUGGCGUUACUGCUGUUCAUUGUGCCGUUGCUGGUGGUGCGAGUUCUUCGGUUCAGGUCAUUAAGCUCUUGCUCGAUGCAUCUGCAGAUGCUAAUUGUGUUGAUGCUAAUGGGAACAAACCGAUUGAUCUGAUCGUUCCGGGUUUAAAAUCUUUGAGUAAUUCCAAAAAGAAGGUGAUUGAGUUGUUGUUGAAAGGUGAUGAUGUUGAUGGUGGUCUUAGCCUGGAAGAAGAAUCCGAAAAGACGGUUCUGAAGAAAGAAUAUCCUGUUGAUAUAUCAUUGCCUGAUAUCAACAACGGGAUAUAUGGAACCGAUGACUUUAGGAUGUAUACCUUUAAGGUGAAGCCUUGCUCGAGGGCAUACUCUCAUGAUUGGACCGAGUGUCCUUUCGUUCAUCCUGGUGAGAACGCGAGGAGGAGGGACCCGAGGAAGUAUCCAUACAGCUGUGUGCCUUGUCCAGAGUUUCGUAAAGGAGCAUGCCCUAAGGGUGAUGCUUGUGAAUAUGCGCAUGGUGUGUUCGAGUCAUGGCUUCAUCCUGCUCAAUAUCGGACUAGACUUUGCAAAGAUGAGACUGGUUGCACACGUAAAGUCUGUUUCUUUGCUCAUAAACCUGAUGAGUUGCGCCCUGUAUAUGCUUCCACCGGUUCAGCCAUGCCUUCACCAAGGUCUUCUGCAGUUAAUGCAGUGGAUAUGUCUACUUUGAGCCCAUUAGCAGUCGGGUCACCAUCCUUGCCGUUGCCUACUGCUUCAACACCACCUAUGUCUCCUUUGACUGCCGCUUCCUCUCCAAAAAGCGGAGGCUUGUGGCAGAACAAAGUUAACCUCACCCCACCUGCCUUGCAGUUACCAGGUAGCCGCUUGAAGACAGCUUUUAACGCCCGAGAUUUGGAUUUGGAAAUGGAAUUGCUCGGGCUUGAAAACCAGUUGCAGCAACAAAAGUUGAUGGAUGAGAUAAGUAGUCUGUCCUCUCCAUCUUGCUGGAGUAAGGAAUACAGUAGGCUUGGCGAUAUGCAGCCUACAAAUCUUGAUGAUGCAUUUGGAUCACUCGAUCCUUCCUUGCUAUCUCCAUUGCAUGGACUGUCCGUAAAAUCUGCAACACCAACCCAGAUGCAAUCUCCAACUGCUCUUCAAAUACGCCAAAACCAACUCCGCGCAACCUACCCACCAAACCAUUCAUCCUCCCUUGUGAGGAACCCCUCGGCAUAUGGUUUCGACUCCUCUGCUGCAGUGGCAGCAGCACUAAUGAACUCAAGGUCUUCCGCAUUUGCAAAACGGAGCCAAAGUUUCAUAGACCGUGGAGCAGUCACCAGUCGUGCUGGACUCACUGCACCUGCUAAUUCCGCAACCAUGAUGUCCUCAAACAUAUCCGAUUGGAGCUCCCCUGAUGGGAAACUUGAUUGGGGCAUUCAAGGAGAUGAGUUAAACAAGCUUAGGAAGUCAGCUUCCUUCGGGUUCCGUAACACCCCAACACCAACCCCAACCCCAACCCCAACCCCAUCCAACAUCGAUGAACCAGACGUCUCGUGGGUCAAUUCCCUCGUUAAAGAUGUUACACCCUCCUCCAGCGGCUCGAUGCAGCAACAGCAGCAACAAUACAACAUCGGUAAAGGUGUUCGAGAAAGGCUUCCACCAUGGGUGGAACAAAUGUACAUAGAACAAGAGCAGAUGGUAGCAUAAAAGAGACCCUUUUUGCUCAUUGCUUUAAAUCUAACUUCCAUUAAGUUUGUAAUAGUAAUUCCGAUAGUAGCGUUAGUUGACGGUAGAAUACUCCGAUCGGUCGGUCCACGAAGUAAAAAGAAAAAUUCCAUGGGCAGGAAAGGUUUAAGUUACUGCUCAUGCUUUAGAGGUUUUAGGAGAAAGAUGAAAACUAAGCAAAAACAAAAUAAAUUUAUUGAUUAGUUCAUAUUCUUAAUUCUUUAUGUUUUUAUUAAUCAAUGGCUCAUUGUAAUAUUUUACAUAAGUAAAAACUUGUAUUGUUAUGAGA